AUGAAGUUCUCCACCGUUCUCGGCGCGUUGGCGGCCUUGACCACGGUUUCCGCCGUGAAGGUGAACCCACUUCCCGCUCCCCGCAACAUCACUUGGGGCACUUCAGGAGCCAUCCCCGUCAAACAGCUUAAGCUGCACACCGACUCCCAUGGUGCACCGUACGCUACCCUCAACCUCGCCUGGGAGCGCGCCUGGGAUUCCAUUAUCACUCUUCAAUGGGUCCCCGCUGCCAUUGAAGCUCCGAUCCCUCACUUCCAGCCUUUCCCCACCGGUUCAGCCACCAAGCGCGCCGCAGCCAAAGCCAUCAACACUGUGCAAGUCACCGUGGUUGACGCCAACGCCGAUCUACAGCAUGGAGUCGACGAGUCAUACACACUAGAGGUCACAAAUUCGGGUGGCUCUGUCGAGAUUCAUGCUCAGACCAUCUGGGGCGCGAUGCACGCCUUUACCACUUUGCAACAGCUGAUCAUCUCCGACGGCCAGGGCGGAUUGAUCAUUGAGCAGCCGGUCGAGAUUCAGGACUCCCCUCUGUAUCCCUACCGUGGCAUCAUGAUGGACACAGGCCGAAACUUCAUCUCGGUCAGGAAGAUCCUCGAACAGAUCGAUGGUCUGGCUCUGUCGAAGAUGAAUGUCCUGCAUUGGCAUUUGGACGAUGCGCAGUCAUGGCCGAUGCAAAUGCGCAUCUAUCCCGAGAUGACCAAGGACGCCUACUCUGCCCGCGAGCAAUACUCGCGCUCCGACAUGCUUCGAGUCAUUGCCUACGCGCGAUCCCGUGGUGUUCGUGUCAUUCCUGAGGUUGACAUGCCUGGCCACUCCGCCUCUGGCUGGCAACAGGUGGAUCCCGAGAUUGUCGCUUGCGCAAACUCCUGGUGGUCCAAUGAUAAUUGGCCAUUGCACACUGCUGUCGAGCCGAACCCGGGCCAGCUGGAUAUCAUCUACCCCAAGACCUACGAGGUCGUCAAGAAUGUGUACACGGAGCUCUCCGACAUUUUCCAAGACAACUGGUUCCACGUUGGUGCCGACGAGAUCCAGCCGGGUUGCUAUAAUUUCAGCACGCACGUCCAGGGCUGGCUCGCCGAGGACCCCUCACGCACCUACAACGAUCUCGCCCAAUACUGGGUCGACCACGCUAUUCCCAUUUUCCGCAGCUCCGGCUCCAAUCGCCGAAUUAUGAUGUGGGAGGACAUUGCCCUGUCCGCCGAAGCCGCCCAUGAUGUUCCCAAGGACAUUGUCUUGCAAUCUUGGAACAACGGUCUCGAAAACAUCGCCAACCUCACAGCCCGCGGCUACGACGUCGUCGUCUCCUCUUCAGACUUCUUGUACCUUGACUGCGGCAAAGGAGGCUUCGUAACCAAUGACCCCCGCUACGACGUGAUGUCCAACCCCUCAGGCGACGUCACGUUCAACUACCAGGGCGCCGGUGGCUCCUGGUGCGCGCCCUAUAAAACCUGGCAACGCAUUUACGACUACGACUUUACCACCAAUCUCACGGCCACCCAAGCGAAGCACGUCCUCGGCGCCGAAGCACCCCUCUGGUCCGAGCAAGUGGACGAUGUGACCAUCUCCAGCGAGUUCUGGCCCCGCGCUGCUGCUCUCGCCGAGCUAGUUUGGUCUGGUAAUCGCGACAAGGACGGCCAGAAGCGUACGACCGAGUUGACUCAACGUUUGCUCAACUUCCGCGAGUAUCUCGUUGCGAACAACGUGAUGGCUGGCGUGCUUGUGCCGAAGUACUGUCUGCAACAUCCUCACGCUUGCGAUCUCUACUACAACCAGACUGUCAUCACAUAA